CCACUAGAUGCUAGGAAAGCCUUUCGCCGUGAUAGGCUGUCUCGAGGCUGCAUCCGCGCGGGGGAGUGGCGUGCGCUGCUUACGCGACUGUAGAGCUGCCGCCUGCAGUGCCGUUCGUCGUCGCAGCAGAAGGUGAGGCGCGAGAGUGUACAUAGGGGCGCGGGGGCCGCAACCGCUCACGUGCUCAAUUGUCCGCUGCCGAUUUUAGUCCCACCUCCCCGCAGGUUGCCUGGAUCCUGCAUGAACGCGGCACCAUGAGCCUAAAGGAAGAUAGAUGAGUUAUAAAUCUCGAAUUAAAUUCGCAAGCAGGAUGGUUCCUGCACCUCGCACUCCUCCCCGCAUUCGAUCCGCAGCACUUUUGAUGCACGGGUCUGACCCGUUGCCUGAAGGUCCUGGCCCCUGGUGUGCGUGUGGUGCUAGUGAAGCCCAAGGUGGCGUAAGCGUGGUACAGUGUGGAGCUCGGUGAGUUGCAACUUGGGCGAGCCGUUCACUACAAGCAGCGUUCAAGACAAGCUGCGAGGUAGCUGGUUGUGAGUCUUCGUUGGUGAGAGGCUGUUUGAAGGGUGGUCCUUCGCAACUUUAUCUUUUGCGCGGCUUCGGCUGGCUAGUAUGAACUUUACCAUGCUUCGUACUUCCAGGGAUUGCUGUAAAUUAUUGCGAUUGGCAUCCGCUACUCAUUUCGAAGGCCAAGUGCACCGUGGUACUUUGGGCACAUUGCCAGUGAAGGGAGGCGAGAGCAAGCUGACGCUGAGGAAUUGCCGACGCAAGUUGGAGCUGAAGAAAAGUUGACGGUCAGCGAAAUGUUGGAGGUCAUGGAUAAGCACUACCAUUCGAGUUCCAUGCCUCAAGGUCCUGCAUCAUUGGCUGAGCCAUCACCACCUGUCACCAUGGACUUCUCUUGCGACAAUGCCUACCACAGUUUUACCCCAAGCGGGUGCAACGUAUUUUCGUCGGCAUGGAGCCAGACGCUUCCUGAGCUCGACAUAGAUAACAAUAUGCACACACUCUUCGAAGGGCUUCCGGAGAUCGUAGAGCCUGACUUAGUCGGCCGAGAUGAGGGUGGUUGUAAAUGUUCCAAUGUCACACUGUCGCCCUUCUUCCCAUCGACUCCUCCAGCGCAUGCGGGCAGGCUGAGCUCGAUGCCUUACAUGAUUGGAGCCGUGACCCCAGCCAUCCCAGCGCUGGACGCAAGGUCUUCGGUGUCUCAUUUGGCCGGGGAUGCGGCGAAGGCACCCUUGCUGCUGAGGCCCAAGCCUCAAGAAUUGACUCAGCCUGUAAACGAGGCCGCUGAUCUCAAAGGAGGACGCUCUUGUAAAGGUAAAGCUGCACCAGUACGGAGUAAACUUUCAGAAACUAAAAAGCCGUAUAAUCAAUCUUCAGUCAAGAAGGCUAUGGAGGCGAUACCGGCCACAAUUCAAGCGAUUUCCCAAGUUCAAGUGCAAGGAAUUCCUCUCACAUCUGCUGCUUCCUCCAACUUUCAAAGGAUUUUACCUGCUACUUCUGCUGUUACAGAUAUGACCACUGUUAAAGCGAAUCAGUGUACACCUCUCCGUUAUGGGGUAGGUUUAGGCCCCCAGGUGCUCUUACAUCCAGCGAAGAGAUCUCGGAAGGACGCGGCGCAAGCUGCCAAUACACGGACCCAAAAGACAAGAUACUUCGACAAAGUAGAGCACAUCGUCCGAGAGCGCUGGCGGAGAGACGACAUGGCCGGGAAAUUUUUGGCCUUGGAGUCACUACUGCCUCCCGGCUUGAAACGUGAUAGAUCAACUAUCGUGGAAGACAGCGUGAAUCUGGUGAAGAGUCUGCAACAUAGAAAACAAGAGGUUUUGAAAAGACGCUCUGAACUUCGAUCGGCCGUGGCCUCUGGCGGCCUGCCCCCUACCCCCGGCGUUAAGCUCAACAAGUUCAUCAAGACAAUCGGCUCGCCGGCUGUUAUCCCAGCGAACAGCCUGCAAGCGCUCGAAUCCGGCUCCCUUUCGUCCUCCUCCAUGGCCUUGUCCAGCGGCCACUUGACUGUGGGGACCAAGAGUCCCCUGCAAGUCCAGCCCAACGACUACGGUGCCGUGUUCCAGAUCCCCAAACCUCUUAUUAAUUGCGUGAAGAGGUUCUACGUUCAAUCGGAGCUAGCCUUGGGAGAUAUCGUCAUUGAGAUGAUCUGUCAUCAAAUUCCAAACUUCCACAGCCUGCUGAUGAAAUCCAUGGAGUCCCUGUGUCUGGAAGUAGUUCGAUGCAGCGUAACGAGAACUGUCAACCAACUCAUCUGUAACCUCGCUGUCAAGCCAUUUCCUUCCUCCACAGCCGGCAGAUUGUCUUCGACCAAUAUAAUGGAAGCUUUGAACUUGGUAUUUCGGACACCGUAUCCCGAACCGUAAAUAGACUUCAUAUGCUUGUCUUGACCUGCUUUUAUUCUAGUAAAUAUUGGACAGUCUCACAUUGUGUCCUUUGCAAGGUUUGAGUUUGGAUAUGAGCCAUGUGGGUUCAUCUUUGAACGUCGUCCUGCACUUGUGCGUGUCUCGGUCAUCGACCAUGUGCACCAACUUACAGUAGAAAUAAUAACAAGCAAAAACAAUUAUAAGACA